AUGAUAAAAUGAUUGCAUAUCGAUAUUUUCAUGGUAGACAUGCAAAUGAUUUUUAUCUAAAAAUUGGAAUGAUCGUAUUUUGUUUUGGAAGUAUUACACAUAUCGGUAUCGAUUUGGCAAAACAAACAUAUUUUUUCGUACAUAAUGAUAACGAAUGUCAAUGUAUUUCAUUAUUAUUUAUGGAAUCUGUACGUUUAUUAUUUUCAUUCUAUCAGCUAUAUUUUAUAUUUAAAUAUUCAAAUAUUAUUAUAAAUCGAUAUAAAAAUCUGGCAAGAUUUGCAUUGAUGCAUCUAAUCGGUACAAGUAUUUCAUUUUGGCUUGAUACUAUUAUCGAUGAUGCUAUUGAUGAUUAUGUUGAUAAAAAAUUAAAUGAUUAUUAUCAACAAAAUCAAUCAAUAGUAAUAAUUGAUGAUAAUUCAAUAAUUAAUGGUGAAUUUCAUGGUUUAAAAAAUCAUAUUAUAUUUGAAGAAAAUUGUUCAAAAAAAGCUAUAAUAAGUAAUGAAUCAUUACAUGCAUUACCAUAUCUUUAUCCAUUCACUAUUGAAUAUAAUAUUAUAUUGGCUUCAAUUUGGUAUAUGAUUUGGUCAAAUAUAGGCAAAGUAAAAGAUCGUUCAUUAUUUUCCGAAUCAUAUGAAAAAGAUUUAUUACAUAAAUAUCGUAUUUUUAAUGAUGAUGAAGAAACUGAACAAGAUGAUGGUGAUGAUGGUGAUGAUUAUAAUCGAUCCAGUCUAUUACUUACCGUUGAUUGUCAUGCUAGUAACAAAGGACUUUUUCUUGGUUUAGCUAUUCUGCUAAUCAUAUUGAUUACUGUGAUCAUUUUCUUUUCAACCAUACACAAAGAUGUAUCUACACAUUUUGCCGUUGUCAUCUAUACAUUACAGAUUUUAUUAUUAACAUUAUCCUGUUUUGUAAUAAUACCGAUUGCAUAUUAUCGGAUGAGAAAUCAAUUAGAUGUUGUAAAUUUUGAACAUCGAAACAAUUCAUUUAUGAUGAUGGAUGAUAUACUCAUAUUGAUACCAAUACCAUUCUAUUUUAUUCAUUAUACUUGUUCAGCUAUAGCCAGUAUAAUGAUUAAUAAUUCUAUGGAAUGUAAUAAUUUAACAUUGAUUGGUAUUGAUUUUUUAACAAUCAUACAGGUUAUGAUACAAUCACCAUUCAUUGUGGAUAAUUUACGACGUUGUUCAAAUAAUCCUAAAGUUCGUUUUCGUAAACCUGGCCGUGAAUUAGUUACAUUAAUAUUGAUAUUGAAUGUAACACUUUGGAUAUUGAAUACAUUGGAAUUGAAAACCGUAGAAGAAUAUCAUGCUACACAUGAAUAUUUUGGUGAAUUUUUUACAAUGAUAUUAUCACAUACAACAUUACCGAUGAUGUUAUUUUAUCGAUUUCAUUCUUCUGUUUGUUUAAGUCAUAUAUGGAAAUAUGCUUAUGAAAAAGAUGAAUAAUUUUAGAUUAAUAAAAUCAUAGUGA